CUUCCUCUUCAGUUAAUAUUCAACAGAACUUUUGUAUUCUGAGUGGUAGAGCACAGAAAACCAUCAGCCUUCGCCAGUCGCGACUGAGUAGGGAUGUCAAAAUUUCUGUAAAAUUCAUCAUAAAAAUCUUCAUCCUCUUCAUCAUGCCUAAAAUCCUUCCACCACAACAUUCUUCCCAUGUGAAAUCUAAUUUGUCAUCAAAGGCAAAAAGCUUCACAGUCACAGAUCACCCCACCACCCUCAUCUCCACCACCUCCACAUAUACUAACACCACUGCCGACCCAGCUGUUGCCUUCAUCAAUGGCCUGCUGGACCGGAUACCCUUGCCUCGGUGGGCGAUCUACACCAUCUUUGCAGCUGGUGGUCUGCUGAUUCUGCUCUGCUGCCUGUGUGUCUGCAUCAAGUGCUGCUGCAAAGGAAAGAAGAAAAAGAAGAAGAACGAGCAGAUCAAUCUGAAGGCGGUGAAUGGAAAAACAACCACAGCCCUGGUUCAGCCAGAUGUGGCAGAUGUUGACUAUGGCUCAACCAAAAAGCAGAGAGGAAAGCUGCUCUACUCUCUGGAAUAUGAUGGGCCUCUGUCUGAGCUCAAACUGGGGAUCAAACAAGCCAGCAACCUGAUGGCCAUGGACCUCGGAGGAACCUCAGACCCAUAUGUCAGAGUCUACAUCCUCCCCGAAAAGAGCAAAACCUAUGAGACCAAAGUGUUCAGGAGCACACUGAACCCUGUCUUCAACGAGCAGUUCAUCUUCCAGCUACCAAAGUCUACCCUCGUGAAGUCUACAGCUGUGAUGAAAGUGUUUGACUUUAACCGGUUUUCCAAACACGAAAUCAUCGGCGAGAUCCGGGUGCAGCUCUGUAAUGUUGACUGGAAUCACAUCAUCGAGGAGUGGCAGGAGCUGGAAGCACCCGCCAAAUUUGAGGAAGAAAAUCUAGGAGAGAUCUGCUUCUCCCUGCGCUAUGUUCCCUCUGCCAGCAAGCUGACUGUGGUAAUCCUGGAGGCCAAAAACCUGAAGAGCAUGGACGUUGGAGGAUCCUCAGAUCCUUAUGUGAAGAUGCAGCUAGCUCUGGACAAAAGGAAGUGGAAGAAAAAGAAGACAUCUAUCAAAAAGAAGACGCUGAACCCUUAUUUCAACGAAUCGUUCGUCUUUGACGUGUCACUGGAUCAAAUCCAGAGGGUGAAUCUGGUGGUCUCAGUGUGGGACCACGACGCCGUGACCAGGAAUGAUCCAAUAGGGAAGAUCUACCUCGGCUGCGAUGCCACGGGGAACCAGCUAAGGCACUGGGCCGACAUGUUGUCCAACCCGCGACGGCCGGUGGCUCAGUGGCACAGCCUGCUGUCGGCCGAGCAGGUCAACUCCACCCUAACCCUGAAAAAGAAAAUCCCCAUCCCCAGCAAAAUGAAGGAAAGCGCUCAGCAGUGGUACCCUAAAUGAAACCAUUUUAAAAAAGAGAGAUUCUAAUAUUUUUGAUAACCGUUUCUCCCUUUGUUCUUCUGAUAUGGAAAUUAUUGAAUUAGGUUACUUUGUAUUAUACUGUAUAUUAAGAUUUGUAAUUAUUAUUUUGGUAUCAAAUCAAAACGUGCUAAAAUAUAUUUUCUAACUCUGAGCAUUUAUUUUUUCUUUAUGAACACAGUUUAGUCUCUGUAAGAUAGCUGUACUGUGUAAUACAGUUAGGUCCAUAGGUUUUUAGAUAAGUACACACUUUCCCUCAGUACAACAACAACAUGGUGGAAUUUAAAUCAAACAGUCAAUAUGUUCACUCAUUAUUCCAAGACAAGUGAAGCAGAUAUAAGAUCCAGAGUUGAUUCCAAGUCUUGAACAUCUGAAUGAGCCACAUUCAGUAAAUGUUUUUACCCUGCAGAGACAUGAGCUUGCACAUGAAACUUCUGCCAGAUUCAUGACAAGUAGGCACCGCCAUCGUUUGUGCUCGCUGUCUGCAAUCUGCAAUCUGCAUACCAUCACACUUAUUUCUUUAUAAGGAAACAAGUUUAUCUCAAGGUGAAACGGGGAGAGGAGUGAU